CUGCCGGGGUUGUUCACAGAGUGCCUGCGGGACAGAAAAGCCGAGCGUUAUCUGACUGACGACCAGGAAGCGCUCGAGGCGGCGUUGCACAGCCUCCUGGGAGCGCUGACCAGCGAGACCUACAGCGACCCCACCCAGCACCUGGAGCGAGAGCAGGCGCUGGCCAAGCAGUUUGCCGAGAUCCUGCACUUCACCCUGCGCUUCGACGAGCUCAAAAUGACAAAUCCGGCCAUUCAGAACGACUUCAGCUACUACAGGAGAACCCUGAGUCGAAUGCGGAUCAACAACAUACCGGCAGAGGGGGAGAACGAAGUCAAUAACGAGCUGGCCAAUCGGAUAUCUCUGUUCUACGCCGACGCCACUCCCAUGCUGAAGGCGCUAAGUGACGGGACGACCAAGUUUGUGUCAGAGAACAAGAACCUGCCCAUCGAGAACACCACGGACUGCUUAAGCACGAUGGCCACCGUGGAGUACCGCAGCCGUUUCUCCAGCGAGGAGACGGUGUCCUUCUGCCUCCGGGUGAUGGUCGGGGUCAUCAUCCUGUACGACUACGUGCAUCCCGUCGGAGCGUUCGCCAAGUCCUCCAAAAUCGACAUGAAAGGCUGCAUCAAAGUCCUCAAAGACCAGCCGCCCAACAGCGUAGACGGCCUCCUCAACGCUCUCAGGUGGGCUCGCCUUCGCUCACAGAAACGCCGCUCUCGGGCAAAGCGGCGAGGCGGCGGCGGUAUCCGUGGCGACGGUAUCCGUGGCUGCCCCGGGCCGGAGGCAGGCGAACGCCCUCCAGCCACAUUAAGCCCCUUUUCCAGCUGUAAUCACAACUCUGAGACGGACGUCCGGCGGGGAGUGGACGGUUUUCUGUCUCCGCCGGGUCGUAAAUCAGGACCCCAGGAUGACCAGUGGUUGGUGGUCUUUUGGUCUUUGCAGGGAACGAACUUCUGGGUGUCUCUGCGCGCCUGCAGGUGGUGCAGUAGCACCAGCUUUGGCUCAGAGAUGCUGACUGGAACACAUUUCCUCCGCUCUGCAGAGGGGAAAACACUGAUUCAGCUCUUAUGGGAGCGCCCGUCCCCGCGGGGUUACCGAGGUUGGGAUAACAUCGGACCUCCAUCCAUCCAUCCAUCCAUCCAUCCAUCCCCCCCGGUCCUCAUCAAUCACCCGUUCGCACGCGGGAUGGGUUUUUUUAAUAAGUAUCGAUUUCCUGCCGGCGGCGGCGAGGAGGCGGAUCGCUGUCGGCUCAAAGUCAGACAGAUCUCCCCCGGUCGCUGCCCGGAAUCCGCCCGGGCCUCAAAAGCCGCCGCCGUCCCAUCGCAAGUGAGUCCAGCCCGUAAAACAGAUGUCAGCGCUCAGACUAUCGGGGGGAGGACGGUGGAGCGAUCCGGGCCGAUGGAGGUCAUGUUUAGCGUAACGGAGCACAUCACUGAGCAGAAACUCGGCCCUCUGAUUCCCUCAAAGAAAAUCUGGGUCCCGGUGGUCCUGCUGCCAGUGGUCUCAGCUGUUCGGGCUCUGGAGAACAUCGGGCCCUCCCAGCUGUCCGUUUCCGUCCAAAAAAAAACCCCCUCCUUCUGGGCUCACCACAGGCUGUCUAACCCCUGCUAG